GCACAACUCGGUCCUUAUCCGCCUCAUCUCUAAAAUGAACCAAUCGCAACCGUAGAUUAUUCACAUCAUCCAAUGAGAAGCUUCAAAACUAAUGUCACGGAUCCGCACCCUUUUUACAUUUUUUGUUUUUUUGGCUUUUUCCGAAUGUCAGGAAACCGUUGCAGCCAAGGCAAAAAUAAUCCAAAUUUUCCACGUCGACCCAAUUAUCCCAUUCCCAAUAUAUAAAGCGUCCAUUCCUCAUUCGACCAUUGUUUAACCUAAUUUUCGCAAAUCUCAGUAAAACCUCCUCCUAAUCCUCUCGUUAAAGUUCAACUCAAUUUGACAAUCGAUGGCUCGUACCAAGCAAACCGCUCGUAAGUCCACCGGCGGAAAAGCUCCGAGGAAGCAGCUCGCCACCAAGGCGGCGAGGAAGUCGGCUCCGACCACCGGCGGAGUCAAGAAGCCCCACCGUUACCGCCCUGGAACAGUCGCACUCCGUGAGAUCCGAAAAUACCAGAAGAGCACGGAGCUCCUUAUCCGAAAGCUGCCUUUCCAGCGUUUGGUUCGUGAGAUUGCGCAGGAUUUCAAGACCGAUCUGAGGUUCCAAAGCCACGCCGUGCUUGCUCUGCAGGAGGCAGCCGAGGCGUACCUCGUUGGUCUCUUCGAGGACACCAAUCUGUGUGCUAUUCACGCCAAGAGGGUUACGAUCAUGCCUAAGGACAUCCAGCUUGCUAGGCGGAUUCGUGGCGAGCGUGCAUAAGGUUGAAGGAUAGGACUUUGGUUUAGCGGCGGCGGUAGAAUAUUUAGGGUUACGUUAAAUUGAUGUGUGUUUUGCUUUUUGGAUUUGUUCUGAGGGCAGAGCAUGGACAAUUAAUUAGUUGAAAUUUUAUUAUUAUUAUCUUCUGUAAAGUUUAUCACGAUGGCAAUAUUGUUACUCUAUUCGUUUUUCGCCCCCAUUGAUUAAUCUACCCUUUGUUCUUUGGUAACGUGUGAUAUUAAUUCGAUAAUGAAAGAAAAAUAAUUGAUGUUUCGUUUUAACCAUGAAACUAGUAUUUGAUUUUGUG